GCACCAAGAAGCGUAUCGUAGAGCGCCUUCCAUAAAUUAUUCAUUCAAUAUAACUUCAAUAAUGACUCUUACCAUCAUGAAUUGAAAGUUUGGUAUAAGACAUACAUUUUUCGAACGUUAAACGUGUAGUAACUUGGUGUGUUUUUAUUGGCAUGUGGGGAGAUUCAUCCACCUCUUUUUUUUAUUACAACGCCGCUGAUCUAUCUCAAGAAACUGAAGAAUAACAGGCUAACAGGGCUGACGGUUCCAAGAGGUUCUCGAGGUACUUCGUACCAAAUCAGCAAAUUAGCCAGCACAUAACAUUCCAAUCUGGAGAAACAAUACUGGUCCAUUUGAAUAAAUCUCCAUUGACCUUGUGACUAGAAUCAAUCAAUUAUACUAUCACAAAUACUUUCGUUCAUUGGGGACUGGGGAAUUACCAAGUCCAGAUGCGAGUGAAGAUUAUAUUUACAUAUUCAUCAACUAACGAUUCAUAAUCAUACAGUUUUCUCGUUUUGACUUUGUUUCGAGUCAUGUGGUUCGAUAAGAUACUGUUAUUGGUAUAUUUGGCGUCUAGUUUUCAUGAAAUAACAUGUAAAUGCCCGAGUAUGAUCUCCAGAGAAAAAUGGAAUGCAUCUGCACCCGUGAGCGUCAAGCCUCUUAGUUUAAAUCCUCCACCAUUCAUCGUAGUUCAUCAUUCUGCAACUCAGUCAUGUGAAACGGAAGCCGCAUGUAGAAAAUUAGUCAAAAGUAUACAAAUAUAUCAUAUUGUUGAUAAUCAAUGGGAAGAUAUAGGAUAUAAUUUUCUUAUUGGAGGGGAUGGACAAGUUUAUGAAGGUAGAGGCUGGGGAAUACAUGGUGCGCAUGUGAAAAAAUACAAUAAUAGAAGCUUGGGCAUAUGUUUAUUAGGAAACUAUCAAGAUAAUGAACCACCAACGAUUCAGAUUCAAACACUCAAAGAUCUCAUAAGAUGUGCCGUAGAAGAAAAUAAAACCAUAGACCAUUACCAUCUGAUUGGACACAGACAAGGUAGUGCAACUUUAUGCCCAGGAGAGAAAUUGUUCAGGAUAAUAGAGAGUUGGCCAGAUUUUGAUCACAAUCCACAAUGAUAAUAGUCGAUGAU